AUGGCCACCGAGCAGCAGGCAAGCGGCCGCGUGCACUGCCUCACGGAGAAACUGAGGCUCAACCCUACAAGGGCAGUGCCCCAGGCCCCACCGUGGGUCACGCGGGCCCCUCCACACAUCCUGGUGGCUCCAGGUCACCUGCAGGAACGGCCCGCGGGGCGGAAAGCCCGGGGUUCUACGGGAGCCGCUGCUCACCUCCACCGCACCGAGAUCGCCGUGGCUGUGGACAGCGCCUUCCCGCUGCUGCACGCGCUGGCCGAUCACGACGUGGUCCCCGAGGACAAGUUCCAGGAGACCCUGCGUCUGAAGGAGAAGGAGGGCUGCCCGCAGGCUUUCCACGCGCUGCUCUCGUGGCUCCUGACCCAAGACGCGGGGGCCAUCCUGGCCUUCUGGAGGGUCCUCUUUAAGGACUACAACCUGGAGAGAUACGCGCGGCUGCAGCCCGUCCUGGACAGCUUCCCCAGAGAUGUGGACCUCAGUCAGCCCCGGAAGGGGCGAAAGCCCCCCGCUGGGCCCAAGGCCGCUGUGUCCCUGCCCAGACCCCCCACCAAGAGAAAGGUCCCAGAGGAGUCCCGGACCACGCCACCAGCAGCCCUGUCCCCAAGGGGCACCUCCAGCCCAGGCCCCCAAGUGAAGGCCAAGCCCCCCAAGAAGCCAGAGAGCACCUCGGAGCCGCAGCGCCGCCUGCUGGGCAACGGGAUUCAGACCAUGUCCGCGUCAGUGCAGAGAGCCGUGGCCGUGUCCUCGGGGGACAUCCCAGGAGCCCGCGGGGCCGUGGAGGGUAUCCUCAUCCAGCAGGUGUUUGAGUCAGGUGGUGCCCAGAAGUGCAUCCAGGUCGGGGGAGUCUACACUCCCAGCAAGUUUGAGGACCCCGGCGCGGGGAAGAUUAAGGCCCGCAGCGGUGGUGGCCUGAAGACCCUGGUCCGAGCCAAGGGGACCCAGGUCACUGCCCCAGCUGGAGGGGACUCGAGGGCAGGCCAGCAGGGCAGGGGCCCGGCCCCUCCUACCCUCCCCAGCGAGCCCCAGCUCCACCAGAAGAACGAGGACGAGUGUGCGGUGUGCCGGGACGGCGGGGAGCUCAUCUGCUGUGACGGCUGCCCCCGCGCCUUCCACCUGGCUUGCCUGUCCCCCCCGCUCCGGGAGGUCCCCAGUGGGACCUGGAGGUGCUCCAGCUGUGUCCAGGGAGGAGCCCAGCAGGACCCGCCCCGGGCCGAGGAGCGGGCCGAGGAGCCGCGGCCCCAGGAGCUGCCCGCAGAGACCCCGGUCAUCCUAGGACUGAGGUCGGCAGGAGAGGAAGCGAGGGGCCUGCCUAGGGAGCCCCCAGCUGGGAUGGACACCACUGUCGCCUACAAGCACCUGUUGGUCCCACCUUCUGUGGCUCCCCUGCCUGUGCUGGACCCUUCGGCCCUGCGCCCCCUAUUAUGUGUGGGCCCCGAGGGGCAGCAGGUGAGGGGGCUUGGGUCCUGCUGCGGAGACGCAGCCCCCGGCCCCGCCCGCCAGGCUCCCGGGCCCGCCAAGGCGGGGGACGACUCUGCUGGUCAGGAGCCCGUUCUACACAGGGAUGAUCUGGAGUCCUUGCUAAAUGAGCACUCCUUUGACGGCAUCCUGCAGUGGGCCAUCCAGAGCAUGUCCCGCCCGCUGGCCGAGACGCCCACCUUCCCCUCCUGAGGCCGGAGGGCCUCGCAGCCUGGGAGGGGGAGGCGCUGAGUGAGAGCUGACCCCACCCCCGCAUCGGUGCACGUGCGAGGGCCCACUCGUUCCCACGGCGACUCUGGCUGAGAGGGACAGAGGGGACUCACCAGGUUAGAACCAAGAGGAACAGAAGCUCCCAGCGCUGUCAGUGCUGGCUC